AGCUAACCUCCUACAAUUCCAGUGCUAUGAUAAGCAGGGCAAUUUCAGGUUAGUGGAAUCGCCUAUCAAGAUGCCUCCUUCGGAAAAAAGCCAACACGCCAAACCCUUCAAGCAAAGGAAAAGCUUGGGUGAGUUCGCUUCUUCAAUGCGACCAACCAGAAAGGAGGAAGUUGCGGGGAUUCGGUUAAAAUUCCCGACUAAGAUUCCUGUGAUCGUGGAGCGAUACCACAGAGAGAAGUAUCUUCCUUCCCUGGAUAAAACAAAAUUUUUGGUCCCCCAAGAACUUACUAUGACCCAGUUUAUUACGAUAAUUAGAAACCGGAUGUCUCUCACGCCAAGUCAAGCGUUUUACCUCCUUGUCAACAACAGCAGCUUAGCCAGCAUGUCUCUCACCAUGGCCGAAGUGUACAAGGAUAACAAAGAUGAAGAUGGCUUUCUGUAUAUGACCUAUGCAUCUCAGGAGAUGUUUGGCUCUUGCACAGAGUGUACUGCUGUUGAACUAUCAAAGGCCGGAUGAAGACAAUCCUACAACCUCGGCUUAACUGUAGCAUUGGACACAUCACAACGCUGAGGUGUUAUUUCAAGGGGGAACAUCGGCAGGUCCAGAUGAUGGCAAACCUUUGUGGAGUUUGUAUUUAAAAAAAAUUUUAUGUGGCUGUUUUUGUAAUUGAGGUAUUUUUAAGGUGGUGUUUUUUUUCCUUAAUUGAGUAAAAUAAAUUGUAGAAUUCUUGAACUGGUGGGCUGCUUAUUCGAUUAGUGUUUAAUGACCCGACUUGGGAUGGCACAGUAGUUAGCAUUGCUGCCUCACAGUGAUGGAACACUGGGUUCAGUUUCUGAGGUGCUAUCGGUGUGGAGCUUGUGGGUUUCCUCGCAUAUUCCAGUGAUGUAAUGGCUUCUCCUGUGUCCUUGCCUUGUGCCCAUUGUGUGCCAGGAUAGGCUCUGGCUCCCCUGCAGCCCCGGUUUAGAAAAAGGGUUGGAAAAUGGAUGGAUCUGCUUUGCUCCAUCAGCAGUUGCUUUUAAUGGGACUCACAGCAUGUGGCUCACACACGUGCUUUACACUGGUCCUAGUCUUCAAAUGACAAACUUUA